AUGGCAAAUCUUGGUGAAAAUUCGUUAUUAACAGGACUGCUAAGUCCUACAUCUCAAAGAAAUCAAACAGCUGAUUCAAAGAGAAAAAGAAUUCGCCGGUGUAGAAGUGCUCCAUUGGCUGAAUUAGUUCCCCGUGAACUGGAUGGCAAAAAUGAGGCUACGACGCUUCCUCGUUCUGAAUUCUUUUUGGACAAGCUACAUCCCAGUUUCAAAAGAAUAGCCAUUUUCUUAACAUUCUACUUGGUUGUUGGUACUAUUUGCUUUUCCUUUGUUAUGAAGCAGAUCAAAGGAGAGAAAGUAAAUGUAAUCCUUGAUGCUGUUUACUUUUGCAUUGUCACAAUGACUACUGUUGGAUAUGGAGACCUUGUGCCCAACAGUGUCGCCUCAAAACUGCUAGCCUGCGCUUUUGUGUUCUCAGGAAUGGCUGUAGUUGGUCUAAUGCUUAGCAAAGGCGCAGACUACAUAGCAGAGAAGCAGGAAAUUCUUCUUAUCAAGGCUCUGCAUAUGCGCGAGAAACUUGGUCCGGCUGAAAUUCUUAAGGAGAUUGAAACUAACAAAGUACGGUACAAAUGUUUUACAAUGAUGGCUCUUCUUAUAGUGCUCAUUAUAGUUGGGACAAUCUUCCUUUCUAAAGUUGAGAAAUUGGAUGUUGUUGAUGCCUUUUACUGCGUCUGCUGUACCAUCACAACCUUAGGAUAUGGAGAUAAGAGCUUCUCAACCAAGGCAGGACGUGUUUUCGCUAUAUUUUGGAUUUUGACGAGUACUCUCUGUUUGGCUCAGUUCUUUUGUUAUAUUGCUGAACUUAACACAGAAAGCAGGCAGAAGGAUUUGGUCAAGUGGGUUCUUACCAGGAGAACGACAAAUGUGGAUUUAGAGGCAGCUGAUCUCGAAGGGGAUGGGAUUGUAGGGGCUGCUGAAUUUGUCUUAUAUAAGCUAAAAGAGAUGGGAAAAAUUAAUCAAGAAGAUAUUUUGCCUUUUAUGGAUGAGUUUGAAAACCUUGAUUUUGAUCAAUCUGGAACUUUGUCAGGCUGUGACUUGAAGCUUGCACAAUCAGCUCAAAUGUAG